UAUAUUAUUCUAUUUUCGUCUACGAUUAAACUUAUUAUCAUAACACGUGAUUCGUUAAAAACUGUGGUGUGAUAUAUAGCAGUAUUUUUACAGACAUUCGUUUAGUGCAACAAAUCGAAAACCAUUGAUGUUUGAACAAUAGACAUCACAGAACAAACGAACGUUUCGGUGGUUUUGACAGUUGACGUUGUCAAAUUUUACUGUUUUCGGCGUCGGCUUUAAAUUACUGAAAUAAAUCAACAAAAAACUUUAAAAUGCCCGAAAGUAAAGCGCAAAACGGAGGUGAUCGUCAAGUUAGAGUUUGGUGCGAUGGGUGCUAUGACAUGGUGCAUUUUGGCCAUGCCAACUCACUCCGCCAGGCCAAAGCUCUAGGAGAUUAUUUAAUAGUUGGAGUGCACACUGAUGAAGAAAUUACCAAACACAAGGGUCCCCCAGUGUUUACGGAAGAAGAAAGAUACAAAAUGGUAAGAGGAAUCAAGUGGGUUGAUGAAGUGGUGGAAGGAGUGCCUUAUGUAACCACCCUACAAACUUUGGAUAAGUACGAUUGUGACUUUUGUGUUCAUGGGGAUGAUAUCACAAUGACUGCUGAUGGAGUGGAUACAUAUCAUCUUGUUAAAUCUGCAGAUAGAUACAAGGAGGUUCAAAGGACGGCAGGGGUAUCAACGACGGAUUUGGUGGGCAGGAUGCUGUUAUUAACCAGGAACCAUUUCCGACAAGGUCAGUAUGAGUACGAGGUUGCGAAGGAUCACUCCUCCAACUUGGGCCAGGACUCAUCGGCUCGAUCUCCUUGGACAGGUUGUUCGCAGUUUUUGCCGACCACGCAGAAAAUCAUCCAGUUCUCGAACGGACAGGCGCCGAAUCCGGGCGACAAAAUCGUGUACGUGGCCGGCGCGUUUGAUCUGUUUCACGUCGGACACCUGGACUUUUUGGAGAAGGCCCAGGAACAAGGCGACUACUUGAUCGUAGGGUUGCACACCGAUCCAGUGGUUAACAGAUACAAAGGGAAAAAUUAUCCCAUCAUGAAUCUGCACGAACGAGUUCUUAGCGUUCUGGCGUGCAAAUAUGUUUCAGAGGUUGUAAUCGGCGCCCCCUACAAAGUCACAAAAGACUUGAUGGAGCACUUCAAGGUGGCGAUUGUUGUGCAUGGGCAGACAAAAGUGAUGGAAGAUGAAGAUGGCGAAGAUCCCUUCAAAUAUCCCAAAGAAAUCGAGAAAUUUGCCACACUAGAUUCGGGAAAUACCAUGACGACGGAAAAAAUCGUCGAGCGUAUAAUAAGAAACCGAUUGGAGUUUGAGGAGAGAAAUAGUAAAAAGGAAAAAAAAGAACUCGAAAUUCUCAGCAGGAUGGAGAACAAAACUGUGUAAAGCGUAUUCUUUUGAAAAUGGGUAUUGGCAAGUACAAAUUUUUAAUUAUAGCUUUUUGUAUAAAAUUGUACAAACUUAAACGAACUAAUAUUUAUUUUUUGCAUUCCAAAGUUUAUCCAGAUACAAAUUAAAGCUAGUCAUGUGAAUCCUACGAUUUAUGCCAAAUUAUUUGUGCUGCAGUGCUUGCCUAGUCAGUAACCAACUAAUCGAAUUUUAUUUUUUUAGAAACUCUCUACAAGCAUUUAAAACUAAGAUUUUUCUAAUCCUGUUGUAUAUAGGAUGCUUUAUUGAAAUUUUAUCCUACUUUUAUAUUUUAUUGAAGAAAAAGAAUAGUAAUCUUCUUACUAUUUUUAAAUUUAUUAUUUUAUCCAUU